AUGGCAUCAGGCACAUGCUCGCCCCAGUGGCAUGUCGACGGGCGGUCGUGCCCCUAUGGCACUAAAGUUGCGCUUCUGGGCGCGUCUCUCACGUGGCCGAACAGCGACCAGACGUUCUUGGUCUACUUGGCAGCGUUUUACUCCACGGUGCCCUUUGGCAUGGGCGUAGGCUUCCUGCUGCUGCUCCUCUGGAGACGGGGCACGAGGGAGCUGCUCGCACUGGCCCUCCUCGUCCUGCAGUCGGGGAUCCUGCUGUUGCUCAAGCUGGCCUUCGGGCAGCCACGCCCCGUGGGCUCCUGCCUCACCAGCUGCGGCAUGCCCUCGGGCCAUACGAUGUGCACCAUCACAUUCCUCACGUGGUUCGCGUGGGAGGCUCUGCCAGGGCACCCGGCCUUCCUGGGCGCGUCCGCGUGCGUACUGCUGCCGGUGGGCUGGAGCAGGACGGUGCUGCGCGACCACACCUGGCAGCAGGUGGCCGCAGGCUCCGUGUUCGGCAUCCUCAUGGGCUGUGCCUGGCACGCCGCCCUGAAGCAGCGCUCCACCGGGCGGCUCCUGGACUGGCUCGUCGGGAGGGUGCCAGUGCUGAGGCACUCCUACCCCUCGAGGCGCACGAGCCGGGAGGAUACAGGACCCUAG